AUGUGGAUCAGGAGACUUCCCUCCCUUUGCUUCACUCAUGUAGUAGCUCCUUUGUCCUCCAAAGUCAUUCCCCCCAAUCGUAAACUUCGAUUGACCAGUCAGAAUCACCCCAAGAGCCAGGUCGAAAUUCUCGCGGACCAAGUGUCAGUCAAUGCUGCGACUCUGACAGCCUUUCUGCAAUCUGAGAAUCUACCGACCCCAUCCUUUGAACGUGAUGCCCCGAUCGUGGUUCUUCCUGCGUCUGCACCGGCGCACGUCAAAGCCGCCCGCCAGGCCUUGAUCGAGGCUGCGUUCAAGACAUUUCAGCUCGCGGUCGGACCUAGUGAAUACAUCAUCAACCUGAACAUUGCUAUCCAAGAAGCCGCCAGUCUCCACUGGCUAACGCACUUCGGGAUCUUUGCAAUGGUGCCUGUGGAGGGAUCUAUCUCCUACCAGGCGCUCGCUGCCAAGGCCAAUGUUUCAGUGAAGCAAUUGAAGACCGUGGCCCGCAUGGCCAUGACCAGCAACGUGUUCUAUGAACCAGAGGCUGGGGAGAUCGCGCACACGGCGACGUCCGCUAUGCUAGCGACGCACCCUAACUUCCAUGACUGGGCCGUGUUCAUGUGUGAGAGCUCGAUCCCCUCCGCGUCUCGGCUGGUGGAAGCCUGCGAACGUUGGCCCGGCAGCGUCAAGAAGAACGAAACGGCACACAACAUCGCCUUUGACACGGAUCUCCCCUUCUUUGACUACCUUGCGACGCAGCCGGAGAAGGAGAAGCAGUUUGCCAGGUAUAUGAAGAACGUGACCAGCGGUGAGGGUACAGCUAUCCGCCACCUGGUGAACGGGUUUGACUGGGCGAGUCUCGGCCAGGCGACUGUGGUCGACGUUGGCGGGUCGACAGGCAACGCCGCCAUUACUUUGGCGCACGAGUUCCCCGAGUUGAGCUUCAUCGUCGAGGACCUGCCCGCCAAUGCGGAGAUGGGAGAAGCCACGCUCUGUGAGACGGAGCCCACGCUAGUCGAACGCGUCAAGUUCCUGGCCCAUGACUUCUUCCAGCGACAACCCGUGAACGGUGCGCAGGUGUACCUCCUGCGGGCGAUCCUGCAUGACUGGCCAUACGAGGAGGCCACAACGAUUCUGCGCAAUCUGGCGGUUGCGAUGACGCCGGGAGUGUCGCGCAUCCUGAUCAUGGACACGGUGCUGCCACCGCCAGGCUCCUUACCAGCGACACAGGAGCGCCUACUACGUCUCCGCGACAUGGCCAUGUUGCAGGGGUUCAAUGCACUGGAGCGAGAUAUGGACGACUGGAUGGCUCUGCUGCGGAAAGCGGACAAGCGGCUGUCGCUGAUGAAUGUGGUACAGCCAGCGGGCAGCGUGAUGUCUGUUUUGGAAGUUGCCCUAGAUAACUGA